GAAGCUUGUGUUUUUAAUGUGUGUAUAUACAUAUAUGAUGGUUUGUAUUCUAUCAGUUGGUUUUUGAAUACUAAGCUGUUCACGAGUUGAAUGCCGAAGUACGAGUGCUACGUGUACAGUAUAAGUUGAUUUACAAGUCUCAGUCGGGGAUUAUAUUAGUUUCAAAUAACAAUAUGUUAAAUGUAAAGCUCUGAUGAGAAAUUUGGACGUUGAUACUUCUUACUAUCGUGUGCUAAUAUUCUCUCACAACUGACGAAUAAAGGAGUCACAAAAUCACACCAGCGUUCUACCAGAUUUGCCGGAUGUCUAACUAGUUACAUCUGAACGGAUUUUACGGGACAUACAUGUAAAUGUCGUGACACAUGAAUCAAAAAUAUUCCUACAGAGGCAUUCAUGAUAUUUAUGUCCUCGGUCCAAAUAUUGACAGUCAGUCAAAGCAGUAGCACCGGGGCGAAAGAGUGCGUGUGCAGUUAAGUCAACGGAAGCAGACCCAGAGAUGGACACCGAUGAAGAAAAACUUAUCAUCGGUAUCGGAGCCGCAUUGCUUGUAUUGACAGUCAUUGGAAUAGUUUUACUCAUUAGUUGCGUGUGUGCAAAAAGAUUCCAGGGGAAGAUAAACUUAGCUCUGAUCCCAGGAUACAGCAGACGAUCAGCGAGGCUGGUUAAGGAAAUAAAGUUAUAUCACAGGGAGAGCAGACGGGCACCUAGCAGACGUCCUAACAAUCCCAUAGAUGUCGCUGGGCAAGUCGGACAAGAUGAGACUGACGUAACAACAAGUAAUUAUGGCCCUAUGUCGCUUGAAAAUCAAAAUGGAUCGAGUUUUUCAGCUGUUGAUUUUGCAAACACAAAUAUGGUGUUUCAGACUAAUUCGCGCGGCUCCAUUGCUCUUGUAGACUUCACAAACCCUAUUUACAAUGCAUUCGAAUCACCAGAUGUUGAUAACCCCUCCUCUGUCGUGGAUGCCCAAGAUGGCGUGGAUUUCGACCCACUGUAUGAUUAUCCACAAAAUUCGUUUAUGCCCGUUGAAGAUUUACCGCUUCCACCCUAUCCAGCGUCAGACAAACCACCAUCGGAUUAUGACAAUGAUCCCCUUUACAGCCUUGCGGGUGACUUCAUAUCGCUCCAGGAGGAAUCGCUGGAAUGUGACGUCACGCCGGACUAUGACGUAAGCACGUCGCCAGAAAAUGGUGAUAGGUGUGUUCUUUACGACUAUCCUGCGGCUUGUCUCGUUCGUGAGAGUGAAAGUGAGAGUGAUGACCAAAGCGAGAGUGACACACCAGAUUACACGUCAAGUCCUGUGAUUUUAGGUGAAAUUGGAGAAAAUUACAUAUAAAUAUCUCCAUCGCAGAAAAACUUACUAGGCCUACACGUUUAAUUUUUUGUGCAGAGAGUCAGAUGGCUGUGUAUGCCAGAUGCAGUUCAUGUUGAACUGGUGUAGUAUACUAUGACGAUUCAUUAAAUAAUUAAUUAAAAUGUUGAUAAGUAGACAUUAAAAUCUGAUGUGGGUACGACGAUCUACAUGAAUCUACCCUAUAAAUUUCUUUUCCGACAAAUUUCACAU